AUCAACAUUUGCCAGCGUUGCCAUCUUCCGUGGCGCAACUCGUAACACUUCACGCUUCGUGAAAACCAUUCAUCUACCAACACCGCUUUUUUAAACUUCGCCACUCCACGCUUCUCACCAUGUCUGCCAAGUUGGACAAGUCUCUCGACGAGAUCCUCGUCAGCCGCCGCCAGGGCGCCCGUCGCCGCGCCCGCCGUUCCGCGCCUAAGGCUGCCAACGCUCCUGUCCCGGUCGGAGGCGUGAAGAAGACCACCAAGGCUGCCAAGGCACCUGGAAAAGCCGUCCAGAAUGGACACCCGGUCUCAACCGAGAGUAAGAUCAUGGUCAGCGGCUUGCCUGCCGAUGUGAAUGAGGCCAACAUUAAGGAAUACUUCACAAAGUCCGCAGGUCCUGUCAAACGAGUUAUGCUCACCUACAACCAAAACGGCACGAGCCGUGGAAUUGCGUCCAUCGUGUUCAGCAAGCCUGAUACAGCUGCCAAGGCUGCUAAGGACUUGAACGGACUGCUUGUUGAUGGCAGACCCAUGAAGAUUGAGGUUGUCGUCGAUGCGUCCCACGCUCCCGAGGUUGCCGCCCCCAAGCCCCUUGGUGACCGUGUUGCUCAAACGAAGCCCCAGCCCAAGCCGGCUACGGCUACGAAGGCUGCUGCCGGUGCCAAGGGUCGCAAGGCUCGUGCUCGUCGUCCUAACGGCCGUGCUAACCGUCCUAAGCCCAAGACUGUUGAGGAGCUUGAUGCCGAAAUGGUGGAUUAUUUUGCCACCAACGAGAACACUGGCUCCGCCGACGCUACUGCUCAAGCAAACGGCGCUGCCCCUCAGCAGCCCGCCAACGGUGGCGAAGACCUCGGAAUGGCCGAGAUCUCCUAAAUGCUCCAUGAUACCGUUGACUCAAUCGCACCGCGUGGGUCAAAUGUAUCGACUGCGAAGGGCCAGGCUCUGACUGGCCACUCGGCCAAUCUUUACGCGCUCGGGGUCCGCCGGUUGGAUUCGAGUUUCAAGCUUUCGUUUUAUCUUCUUCAUUGUUCUUCCGAUAUGUCUUUCUAGUGUGCUUUGUUCUUUUCUUUAAUGCCGGUAGUGUUAUUGGGAUAUCGAGGUGGGGAAGGUCAUGUAUCUAAUACACUUGCUCAAUGAAUCAGUCAGCAAGCAUGCGUCCUUGUAACCAGCCAAUUCGGGCUAAUAGUCCACGUUGUCGUGUUAUAGAUUAGUCUACUUCGUACCAACGAAUGUUGAGAAAUAAAAUUCUGG